UUGAGACUACUUGAGUGUUAAAAUUACGCCUUAAUUUUUUAAUACCUUGCUUUGACUUGUAUUGAGAAGAAUGUGAAAUAUUGUGAGAUAAUCGAAUGCGCCUCGAAAUUCACAAAAUUCAGGUUUCGGCGGCCGUCAUAUAAUACAUCCAGUUAAAUCGUUAUAUCCCCUGCAACAACAAAGUUAGGCUUUCCGCUCAACAUCAGACUACUGCUGGUUGUCUAACUUCGCCUAUUUGUAAUUUGUAUUCUGAUAGGCAAGCAAAAAACGCCGAGAAGCGAGAAAAUAAACGCUGCCGGAGAACGACGGGAUCGCUGCACUUUGUAAGGUUGGCAGCGAAAGGAGGCGUCGGCCGCAGCCGCACUCGGCACUUCUCUCACGUCAACUGAAAAGUCACGCUGGGUGUCGAAACCGAAACAUUUCACGGCUUUUGCGCAUCUCCAAAUUUGAUUUCCAGUUUCAGAAGAGGAAGCUUCGAACUCUGCAAAAAUGCCAGUUUUUAAAGUCAAAGUCAAAUGGGGCAAAAAUACGUAUUCAGACAUCGAGCUGAACUCAGACGAAGAUCCGCUGCUCUUCAAAGCACAGAUUUUCGCCCUGACCGGCGUCCAACCUGACCGGCAAAAGGUCAUGCUGAAGGGUGCGCAGCUGAAAGACGACGGCUGGGGCGACCUGCCCGUCAAGAAUGGAGCUACGUUUUUAAUGCUCGGAACGGCAGAGGAACUUGCUCUGGAGCCAGAGAAGAAGACUGUUUUCAUGGAAGACUUGUCAGAGGCCGAGCUGAACACAAAGCUGGACUUGCCAGCCGGCCUGGUGAAUUUGGGCAACACUUGCUACAUGAACGCAACUGUGCAGUGCCUGAAGACGGUGCCUGAACUGAAGAAGGCCCUGGUUGAUUUGCGGCCCCAAGGCUCGAGUGGGAUCGUGGACAGUUUGAGUGAAGUUUUCCGCUCCAUGCAGACGGGCUCGUGUGUGCCUCCCUUGUUGCUGCUCGGAGCUCUGCACAGGGCCGUGCCCCGAUUUGCUGAAAAAGGGCCCAACGGCGGUCUUUGCCAACAGGAUGCAAGCGAGUGCUGGACAGAAAUGGUCAGGCUGAUGCAGAAUGGCCUGCCAGCCGACAACACCACCAAACACAAGUCUCUCAUCGAAGAGUACAUGGGUGGUCGGAUGAGUGUGACCCUCGAGUGCACCGAAGCUGAAAGUGAGCCCCCAGUGAUUUCGGUUGAAAAUUUCUUGCACCUUAGCUGCUUCAUCGGACAAGAAACAGGCCACAUGAACUCUGGACUGAAAGCUAAAAUCAAGGAGCAGAUUUCAAAGAUGUCGACAACACUGGGGCGUGACGCCGUUUUCACCAAGACAAGUCUGAUCGACAGGCUACCGGCCUACUUGACUGUUCAGUUUGUUCGGUUCUACUACAAGGAGCGAGAAGCCGUCAACGCCAAGAUCUUGAAGGAUGUCAAGUUUCCGCUGCAGUUUGAUGCGUGGGAACUGUGCUCGCCAAGACUGCAGGCCCUGAUCGAACCGGCCAGGGCCAAAUUCAAGGAGAUCGAGGACAACAAGGUGGCCAAUGCCCUCGAAGGCAAGGAUGGAAAACCCAAAAGUAGCAAAGAACCAGAACCCAUGGAGGUGGAUAAAGAGUACGAAAUAGAACCAUUCUCCUUCCCCGAUGACCCCGGCAGCAACAACUCUGGCUUUUACGAGCUGCAGGCAGUUCUCACCCACAGGGGCAGAUCUUCCUCGAGUGGUCACUAUGUGGCCUGGGUCAAGGGAGAUGCACCCGACGUGUGGUACAAGUGUGAUGACGACGUUGUCUCGCCUAUCACGGACAAAGAAAUUCUCAAGCUCUCCGGUGGAGGUGAUUGGCACGUGGCCUACAUGCUGCUGUACGGGCCUCGAGUUUUGAAGGUUCCCAAGAAAACCUCUGACGAGACUAGUGAGAAUUAAUUUCUUGUUUUCUCUUAAUCAAAGUGUUUUAUACGUUAAAUUAUCAUCUAAUAAACAUGCCCCAAUUAAAUGUUAAA